UCUUGUUUAUGUUCUUGUUCUUCUUCUUGUACUUCUUCUUGUUCUUGUUCCUGAUGUUCUUCUUCCCACCAGCUUGCGGUCUAGUAAGCGAAAGUGAGGCCGAGUACAAAUGAAGUAGGCGACCUUUAACCUCCAUCGUUGUUGCUGAUCCUGCUGGUCGUGUGCAUCUGAAGAGGAUCUUAUUCCAUUCCAGGGAGACAGGUCCGCUAAUCACUGGGACAGGUUUCACAAACUCGAGCAAGAAAGAAUUAAAAAAAAAAAAAAUCAAUGAGCAUCGUUCGAUGCAACGAUCACGAAACUCUUGACAAAGGGCGAAGCCUCACUCUGUCUGUCCUGUUGAUGAGAUUACUGGAUGGAGCAGCUGCCUCAGUGGGUCCGUGCAACCACUCCUUAUCGCUCGGCUAAUUAUCGCACUACUAGGGCGCGGGCUUCUGUAUCUCGGUUCCGGAAGCAGCCUGUUCUUCAAAGAAGAUUCUUUCAAAGGGGAGACAAUCUCUCAACAAAACGCCCGCGCAGCAAGGAUUACGGAACCUGAUAGAAACUAAGGCGAUGGCGCUCAAUCUUGCAAGACGUGUGUGUGGAUGAGAAACAAGAGUGCGGACAGGAUGUGGAGAUAAGCUUGUUGAAAUUAUAGCUUCAGGACUGAGUGAGCCGUGUGGAAAUAAUGUGAGAAGAAUGAUCACAGGAGAAAAAUGAGGGUGGGGGAGAGAAAGCAGCAUGUGUGCGAGAGAGAGAGAUAAAGAGAAAAAGUUGAAGAAGACAGCCACUUGAAUCUGUAAUUAAUCGUCCGUUAGGGAACAAAUAAACGGUUUGCACAUUUAAGUACCUUUCCCAUUUCUUCAUAAAUUCAUCAAUGGAAACCCUUCACACAGUUUCCCCGUAGAACCUAUUUAUGUCUGACACUAAACAAUCAUGCUGCUCUACAGACGAGGUGGGCUGCGUGGACCCGGAUCAGUGCAGGAUGGUCUGUGAAAAUCCUGCAGGAUGCACCAACAUCGCCUAUCCAAAGCUGGUCAUCGAGCUGAUGCCCACAGGUCUCAAAGGUGUCAUGCUGGCAGCCAUGAUGGCGGCCCUGAUGUCCUCGCUGACGUCAGUCUUCAACAGCUCAGCGACCAUCUUCACCAUCGACAUCUGGAAGCGCUUCCGGAUCGCGGCCACAGAAACUGAAAUGCUUGUUGUGGGCAGAGUCUUCGUCCUGAUCCUCAUCGGCCUCAGCAUCGUCUGGGUUCCAGUGCUGCAAGCCUCACAAGGAGGACAGCUCUUCAACUACAUCCAGGCUGUAACUGGAUACUUUGCUCCUCCCAUCCUGGCUCUGUUUCUGUUAGCCAUUCUAUGGGAGAGAACAAACGAACAGGGCGCCUUCUGGGGUCUGAUGGUGGGGCUGGUGAUAGGGAUCGUGCGGAUGGCUCUCGACUUUGGCUACGGGUCUCCCGACUGUGGGGAGGAGGACACGCGGCCGGUCAUCAUUCGUCGCCUCCACUUUCUUCACUUCACCAUCCUCCUCUUUGUCGUGUCUUUCGUGGCCACUGUGGUCAUCACUGUGCUGACCCCGCCCAUCAAGAAAUCACAUUUGAUCCGCUUGACCUGGUGGACACGCCACAGUGAGGAAGAACGAGAAGAGUUUCCCGAAGAAAAGGCCAGACACGAAAAGGUCAAGGCCAAGAUAGCGGCUAAGGUGGAUGAGGAGGAAUUUAAAGUUUCAGACACUAGAACAUUGCCCGCUUGGCGGCGCUUCCUGUACGCGUUCUGCGGCUACGAGCAGCCAAAAGACGUGGACAUGUCGCAGGAGGAAGAGAGUGCUCACAAGAAACUGCUGACGUCAGUGAGGGAAGACAGAAGGUGGAAAUGGUUCGUCAACAUAAAUGCCUUGAUACUGAUCACUUUCGGUGGUUUCUUAUGGGGAUUUUUUGGAUGAACAAAUUACUGCUGGUCAACAAUGUCAUCUCUCCACUCGUCCAUCUUACUGUCCGAGAUACGGGUGUGGGUGGAACACGAAGUGUGUUCGGGUUUUGAGGACGAGUAUCUUGCAGCUUGAUACGUUUGUGCAUGUGUAUAUAUAAAGCUAUUUAAACGGAGUUCUCUGUGUUCGAUGUGUAUUGAAGUUUUGUUUCAAAUCAUGCGUUCAUGUUUAUAUUACAGCAUACCAAUUCCAUAUAUUU